GUUUUCUCCCAGCCGAGGUCACCUCUUCAAUUCUUACAGUUUAAUUAAACAUAAGCAUGCGAAAAUAUGUGACUCUCUUUGGACGUACCGGAUGUGGCAAGUCUUCUAUUGCUAACAUGCUGGUUCAAGGAGACAUACAGUAUAUCGGAAUAAUAAUAAGUUCACAAUUGGACACGGUGCUGACGGAGAAACUGUUCGUGUAAGGAGUUACUUUACAGAAAAGUAUCAAGUGUUUGAUAUGGUCGGAUUGGGUGAACCAUCAUCUCAUCUUGUUUCACAUAAAAAGGCUGUUAAAACGGUAAGAAAUUAUUUUUCGGAUCAUCAGUUACUCCUUAACUAUAUAUUUUAUGUUCGGAGAAAAGGAAGAAUUACUGAGGAAGAUGUUAAGAUGUUCAAAUUAUUCAAAGAGACCUUUAAAGGAGGAGAAAAGAAUUUUAUUAUCAUCAUUACUCAUAGUAAGCCGGGAUGGAUUACGGAUAAUUUGGAAAUAAUAAGGAAAAAUUUUGGAAAUUAUCCAAUUAUUUCGGUUGAUUUUCCUUUGACUGAUGAAGAUGAAGAUGACAUUAUCGCUAGCGAUAAGAGAAAAAGGGUUCUCAGCUCGACCCAGAUAAUUGAGAAAAAAGUAUCAGAAAUUGUUAGCAUUAUUCCAAUUGCUGGUUCACUGUAUCAGCUGAUUGCUUCCGGUGUUUAUUAUAAAUUAGGAAAACCAAAACACGCACUUAUAGGUGGAAUUAUUGGCGUUACUUUAGAUGUUGUAGGCAUGGCAGUCGCUAGACCUUGGAGAGCUGGUAAAUGUGCACCAAAGCCGUUAAUUAAAGACGCAGCUGAACAGCGCAUUUAAGAAAAUAAAAGGAUAAAAGGAUAUAUAACAAAGUCAGAAUAAAAUAAUAAUUUUUUUUUUCACUUUAAAUUUUAGUAUAUAAAGUAUUUUUUGUAGUUUUGUAGUUUUUAAAGUCCUAAUAAGCCAAAUUUAAGCCUUUGUAUAGGACAAAUUAUUUUGUAUUAAAAAAAGUUGUGCGA